GGGGGGUGGGGGCUGGCUCCUGGGUGACUCCCAUUGGGGUGUGUGUGGGGGGUAGGGGGCUGGCUCCUGGGUGACUCCCAUGGUGACACCCAUUGGCUGUGUGAGAAGUGACAAGCGCUGCCCACUCAGUCUCCUCAGAGAGGACUCUGCUGCUACACACUCACCCCAGCCAGACCAGACCAGAGCCAGACCAGACCAGCGCCACCUCGGACCAGUGCCACCUCCGACCAGCGCCACCUCGGACCAGCGCCACCUCCAACCAGUGCCACCUCCGACCAGUGCCACAGACCGCAAGGCAGGAGGUAAAGAAGAAGAGCCAUGAGGCCAGUCCUACUCUUCAUCUCGCACGCGUCUCUGCUUCUCCUGGUGUCAGACAUCAGCAUGGCAGGCAAUAAGGAGCUUGUAGUCACCACUAUAAAGCAAGACCCGUACACCAUGGCCAAAGGCGCCCCACUGGAGGGCUACUGCAUGGACCUGCUGUCGGAGCUGGCCAAGAAGCUGGGCUUCAGGUACAAGGUGCACCUGGUCAAGGACGGAGCUUACGGACGCAUGGAUGACAGCGGCAACUGGAACGGCAUGAUUGGGGAGGUCACGAGAGGGGAGGCAGACCUGGCCGUGGCCCCUCUGACACUGACGGCGGCGCGGGAGCGGGUGGUGGGCAUGACCAAGCCCUUCAUGCAGACGGGCAUCAGCAUCCUGCUCCGCAAGGACAGCGCCUCCGAGGAGAGCGGCCUCUUCGACUUCCUGUCGCCCUUCUCCACGGAGACCUGGGUGGGCCUGCUCAUCGCCUACCUGCUGACGGCCUGCUGCUUCUGCGUGGUGUGCAGGCUGAGCCCUGGAGAGUCGGGCCAAUCAGAGUCAGAGCACAAUAACUUCACACUGCUGCACAGCCUGUGGUAUGCCGCUGGAGCCCUCAGUCUGCAAGGUGCGGGCCCCCACCCUCGGUCGUCGUCUGCGCGGGUGAUCAGCUGCACCUGGUGGCUCUUCACUCUGGUUCUGCUCUCCUGCUACUUCGCCAACCUGAGCUCCACCCAGCCGCCGGAGUCCGCCCACCUCAUGAUCAAGGGCUUCGAGGACCUGGCCAAUCAGGACGUCAUUGAGUACGGCACGCUGGCCGGCUCCUCCACACUCGCCUUCUUCAAGAACUCCAACAACCCGGCCUACCGGCGCAUCUACGAGCACAUGGAGCGGAGGAAGAGCUUCGUGUCGUCCAUGGACGAGGGCGUGCAGAAGGCCAAGGACGGCAACUACGCCUUCAUCGGGGAGUCCGUGUCCCUGGACCUGGCUGUGGCGCGCUACUGUGAGCUGGUCCGAGCGCACGAGGUCAUCGGAAUGAGGGGCUACAGCAUCGUCACCCCACUAGGCUCUCCCAUGCUGAAGAACCUGAGUGUGGCCGUGCUGCAGCUGAGUGAGGCGGGGGAGCUGGCCUACCUGCGCAGUAAGUGGUGGGCCAGCAGCUGCAUGGCCGACGGAGGUCGGGGGUCAGGGGGCAAAGGUCACGGCCUGCGGGGAGUCUUCCUGCUGCUCGCUGUCGGCCUCGGGGUCGCACUGCUCAUCGCCAUGCUGGAGCUCACCGUACGCUCACGCAACAGAGCACAAGAGCAGAGGAAGUCCUGCUGCACAGUCUUAUCUGCGGAGCUGAGUCAGCGGUUGAGAAGCGGGGGUGCGAACAGGCAGGAGGAGAGUGCAGAGAAGAGCAAAGCCUGAACACACACUCCCUCAUGCACACACACACACACACAC